CUCAUAUCCUGACUGACUAACCCAAUACUUUUUAUUUUUCCAAUAAAUCACCCGUCGUUAUUUAGUUCGAUCUUUGUCCCUUCCUUCACUCAAAAUUUUAACUAUAUCCGCUUUUAUAUAUUCUCUCAAAAACACUUCUAAUCCCUCUCUAAAACCCUUACUCAAACAUUGUCUUUUAUAUAACCUUUUUUUGAUUACUUUUGAUAAAUUUUUGUUUUCCGAUGGAAUCGAACACGGUGCCGCCAUUUCUGAGCAAGACGUACGACAUGGUGGAUGAUCCGUCAACGGAUUUGGUGGUAUCCUGGAGUAACAGUGACAAUAGUUUUGUGGUUUGGAAUGUGCCCGAGUUUCAGAAGGAGCUGUUACCUAAGUAUUUCAAGCAUAAUAACUUCUCCAGCUUUGUCAGACAGUUAAAUACUUAUGGUUUCAGGAAGGUUGACCCCGAUCGCUUUGAGUUUGCAAAUGAGAGAUUCUUAAAAGGGCAAAAGCAUCUCUUAAAGAGUAUAUCAAGGAAAAAGCCUCUUCAUGGACCGAGUAAUCAACCACCCCAAGUUCAGGGUUCUAAAGUUUCGUCAUGUGUUGAAGUUGGGAAGUUUGGAUUAGAGGAGGAGGUUGAAAGGCUCAAAAGGGAUAAGAAUGUGCUUAUGCAGGAACUUGUUAGAGUGAGACAGCAGCAGCAAGUUACAGAUAACCAACUUCAAACGGUGGGACAGCGUGUGAAAGUAAUGGAGCAACGACAGCAACAAAUGAUGUCAUUCCUGGCAAAGGCUAUGCAAAGUCCAGGCUUCUUCAAUCAGCUUGUACAGCAGAACAACGAUACCAACAGAUGCAUUAGUGGGGGUACUAAGAAGAGGAGACUACCUAGGCAGGAGGAAGAAAAUUUGGCAGGCAAGGUGGGCGGUAAGUCUCCCGAUGGACAGAUUGUCAAAUUCCACUCUUCGAUGAAUGAAGCAGCAAAAUCAAUGCUGCAUCAGAUCAUGAAGAUGAAUUCAUCUCGGCGGGAACCUGGUCCUUUCCCGAUCAAUGAUCUUCCAUCCAAUGGAUUAGACAGCAACAUCACGUCAAGUCAGAUUUCAGAAUUGAUGCUUUCUGAUGUUCCUCCAGCUUCUGAUUCAUCUUUUUUGCCUGUCGAGUCCGGGUUUUCUGUCAGUCACCCAUCUAACAGUGUUCCUGAGAUUGAAUCUCCAUGUUUAGCCAUCCCUGGCUGUGUUAAAGCAGAGAUGAAAGUGGCUAAUACUGGACUGGAGACAAAUCCGCUACACUUACCUGAUAUUCAAGGAAUCCUGCCACCAAGCGCCAUUGAUAUUGCUAACAUGGAUUUUGUAGUGGAUUCUGAAACUGGGAAUGGCGACAUCAAUCCAGAGGUAUCGUUCUUUGAUAUGGAAAUGCCAGUAGAAACUGACGCCUUCUCUCCUGAUCAGGACCAAGAUAUAUUGGCGGAUGUGAUCCCUAAGCUCCCCGGCAGCAGUGAUGCCUUUUGGGAACAAUUCCUUAGACCUGGUUCUCUCACAGGGGACACAGAUGACAUUAAUUCAAGCUCUCCAGAUAGCCAAAUGACCGGGGAACAGGAGUUGCAAUCAUGGCCUGCAAAUGACUGGGAAAAUAUUCAAAAUAUGAAUCAUCUUACUGAACAAAUGGAGCUUCUUACAUCAAAGAGAAGGGUGUGAAUUUUCAGCAAUUGUAUAUAGUUCCUUGCUCCCAAAGAAUUGCUGUUCUGCCUUGCUGAGCAGAAAAAAGCUUGAGUUGAAAAGAAGGGUGGCGAGAUUAGGUGUAAUAGAAGUAACACUUUCCUUUAUGUUGUGUGUGUACUAAAAUGUCUUACAAUUUGCGUUUGGUUUUUAUGUACCAAACCCUUUGUAAGAUCUAAAAGAAUACGUAAAUGUAAUGGUCUAUGCCAUAUAUAAACAGGUAUUGCAGUGUUUGUUUGCUUAA